AUGACCGAAGCUGCUGCCGCCCCCACCCCCAUGAACAUUGCCACCAUUUCUGCUGGAUUCGAAAAGGGAGAUUUCCUUGUCCGAGAAGAGCAAGGAAACCGCGUUUACUUUGAUUUCUUCGAAGAGGCAUUCAACUACAUUGCCAACAAGGGAUACGCUCGCAUGUCCCGAGAAGACGAAAAGCACUGGGUUGAUCUCAUGAAUGUCAUUCACGACAGUGUCAAGGGAGGCAUGAAGUACAACACUGGAACUUUGCUUAUGGUCUUGUCUAGACCUAUGGACUCCACCAAGCCCCCCAAGGCUGAGUAA